GUACUCUCAUCUAAAGAGCUUAAUACCGACCCGUCGGCAGAAAUAGAAAAAUCAUCUGCAUAAGGUUGUGCAUCGAUUUUUCUCUCUGCGAAGCCCUAAAUAAAAAUAAUCGCAAAGUCAAUAAUUACGCUCUGUGAGUUUUCUGAGAUUAUUGAAGUGUAGUGUCUGUUGGGAGAAUAAUGUCAUCUGUAUCGAGUCAGCCGCAAUUCCGUCUUACCCAACCGCCAUCUAAGGUGUUGCAUUUGAGAAACUUGCCAUGGGAGUGCACUGAAGAAGAGUUGGUUGAGCUUGGGAAGCCGUUUGGUAAUGUUGUUAAUACCAAGUGUAAUGUUGGACCGAAUAGAAAUCAAGCUUUCAUUGAAUUUGCGGAUCUGAAUCAAGCUAUUGCGAUGAUAUCGUAUUAUGCAUCAUCCUCAGAGCCUGCUCAAGUUCGAGGGAAGACAGUUUACUUGCAGUAUUCUAAUAGGCAAGAAAUAGUGAACAACAAAACGACAGCUGAUGCUGGUGGAAAUGUGUUGUUGAUUACCAUUGAAGGGGCAGAUGCACGCCUGGUCAGCAUUGAUGUCUUGCACCUGGCCCAUGUCAAGGGAAUAUCUUCGAUGGCAGCUUAGUGCUUUGGGAGAAAGAGCGCAUGUAUUUUCUGCUUUUGGGUUUGUUCAUAAGAUUACCACCUUUGAGAAGACAGCUGGGUUCCAGGCGUUGGUGCAAUUCUCUGAUGCUGAAACUGCCUCUUCUGCAAAAAAUGCCCUGGAUGGAAGAAACAUCCCUAGCUAUCUGCUUCCUGAACAUCUUGGGCCAUGUACUCUUAGGAUCACAUAUUCUGCGCAUACAGAUUUGAGUGUAAAAUUCCAGAGCCAUCGAAGCAGGGACUACACCAAUGCAAACCUUCCUGUUGCACCAUCAGCUAUAGAUGCAAAUGGAAUGUUCAGCAUGGGCCUUGAUGGGAAAAAACUAGAACCUGAGAGCAAUGUUCUUCUUGCAUCAAUCGAGAACAUGCAGUAUGCUGUCACAUUGGAUGUUUUACACAUGGUCUUUUCUUCUUUUGGUCCUGUCCAGAAGAUUGCCAUGUUUGAUAAAAACAGUGGACUUCAGGCUUUAAUUCAAUAUCCUGAUGUCCAGACAGCUGUUGUUGCCAAGGAAGCACUGGAAGGACACUGCAUCUAUGAUGGAGGAUUUUGCAAACUUCACCUUUCAUACUCACGCCAUAAUGAUCUUAGUAUUAAGGUCAAUAAUGAUAGGAGCAGAGACUACACCAUUCCCAACAAUGUAAUGGUGAACCCCCAGCCUUCAAUUCUAGGGCAGCAGCCAGUUGCAACACAUGGUCCUCCUUCUCAUCUAUACACUGGAGCUCAGUUUGCUCCAACUACAGAGCAUUCAAUGAUUCCUCAGCCGUUUCACUCACUCGCUCACGUCGGACGUGAUCACUCUUUUUGUUUGGAGGAUCAUUCGUUCUUCACUCUCUUGCUCCGCAGGGAGCGCAGCAAGGUAGGUGCAUAUUAUCAUAUAGAAACAAGCGAAGCGUAG